AUGACACAAACCUGCCACAAGAACGCGUUUGGGCUCAACUACACCUUACCAAUGUUCAACGAGUGUCUGCAGAAGCAACACACCAACGGCAGUAUGGUACAGACGAUUCCGAAGCUUAUCCCUGUUCCGACGGUGGCUAACGGUUGCCCUAGACGGAAUGGAAAGUUAGGAAUUCCUCCGGGAUACAGAGCAUGCAAUUUUCAUGAAGCACCCUCAGUUAUGGCUGACCUCACGGAAAUGUCUACGAUCAUACCGGCCGAAAUGACGCAAGUCACCGCCACGGACGUUCCUAGACUCCCACGUGACUGCGCUGAGAUUCAGACUGGUGGACUAUCCCAUCUCAGCGGAGUGCAUCCCAUCUAUCCCCAUGGGGAUGGUGGUGAUCCUCUCUCUGUGUACUGCGAUACGGAAACGGACGGUGGCCGCUGGACGGUCUUCCAGCGUAGACAAGAUGGUUCUGUUGACUUCUCUCUUUACUGGUCCGAUUACAAAUACGGUUUUGGAAACGUUUCCUCCGAGCACUGGCUCGGUAACGACAACAUCCAUCGUCUUUCCCAUGAUAAGACGUACGAGCUACGGAUCGACCUCGAAGACUUCGAUGGACAAACGCGCUAUGCCACCUACAACCAUUUCAGUCUUGCAGAUGAGGUCGCAAAUUACACCCUGGCCCUUGGCAGCUACUUCGGAGACGCAGGUGACAGUAUGUGGCAUCAUGCAGGUUAUCCGUUCAGUACACGGGACCGCGAUCAUGAUGGUUUACCGGAACACUGCGCUGACAAGUACAAAGGAGGCUGGUGGUACAAUGACUGCCAUCGUGCGAACCUCAACGGCCUAUAUUUGAAAGGUCCAACCACGGUGAGAGAGCACGCCAUGGGUGUGGUCUGGAGUAAAUGGCUCGGUAAUUUAUACUCCCUCAAGAAGACGGAGAUGAAGCUUCGCCCGACGUAAAUAACAAAGGCCUGUGAUAAGAAGGUGCCGGUUUACCGCGGGGUUUCGU